AUGUUGGAUUACAUGGAAUACGUUGUCAAAACAUUCCACCAGCUUACCAAUUGGAAUCCUCAGGCCAAUAGCUAUGAACAUCUUACUGAUACUUCAGAGGCCCUACUGGAUUUCACAAUACCCAAUUCUUUCAAAUUCCAAUUAUCCAAUAACUCCUCUCCUUAUACAUAUAAUACCCUGGAGAUUACUGCAAGACAAAAUAAUAGGCAUCCUCAAAGGAUUAAUGGUUAUUUGACCUAUUUGUAUACAAAUGUGAAGAACCUUCACGAUGCGAUACAUAAUUCUAACGAUAUAUCAUUACAGGAUGCUACGCAGACGUAUAAGCAUGUUCAACCGUCCUUUAAUACAAAAAAGAAAUCAAUUGUAGAUCACGAAGGGGAGAAUGCGUCUCUUUAUUACGGUAGAAUAUAUUAUCCGACUUCUGAUCUGGAGGCGAUGGUGAUGAAACGGUUGAAGCGAAAUAGUCAACUUACUUUCAAAUGGCUGAGCAGUCCCAUUAACAAUCUAAACAUAUUAACCAUAUAUUGGCAAUUAAAAACAAGACAAGAUAGAAAUUUGCAUGAAUUUAUAUAUUCAACUAAUGAUUCUCUUUGCGGUUAUAGGGUUCUUCAUAAUUUUGUUUCAGGUUCCUCUAAAUUCAACAAUUCUCUUUAUAAUAAUUCAUCAUUAUCGGUUGGUGGUGAAGUAUGGCUUAGUCUCAAAUCUCACAAUCCUGGGGGGUCUACAAGCAUUAGGUAUUGCACGCAUUCAGCAAAUACAGGACGACCCUUGACAUUGACGUUUUCUUACAACCCAUUAUUUGGUCAUAUCUCAUCUACUUACGCUGCUAAGACUGGUUUGAAUUCUACAUUUUGCACUAGGUAUGACUUUAACAUUUAUUCUAUAGAUUCGAAUUUAACUUUUGGAUGGGAGUUCUGGAAGAAUAACAGUGAUAAUAGCAAGCUUAAAGAACCUGAUACUAAUGUGAACUCAUUGUCGGGAAAUUCGUCUUUGGAGGUGUCUCCUUUAAUUAACACAAGUCAACAAAAACUAUUAAAUGAUUUAACCUAUACAUUUUCCUCAUCCUUAGAAAAAAUUGAUAAGGAAAAGACUGCAAUUGAAAAAUUUCAAAAGAAGAUUAACGAAUCUAAUUUUACAAAUGUUUGGAAAUUUAGUACUUCACUAAAAGAUAAAAAUCUGAAGAUUAAAUGGGAAGGUAAAUUCAAAGGGUUUUUGCUGUCGGCAGGAACGGAAUUAUAUUCAACAUCUUCAAUAAUACAAGAUAUUAAUGGUCAAACAAAUUUUAAACAUCAAAAAAAUGAGAGGGUGAUGCCCUUAUACCCUGGCAAAUUUGGAUUCCAAUUACAAUAUUCUAAGUAA